AGCGUUCAUUCCCUCAACCGGGUAUGCACUAGCAGUAGAGAUCGGGAUAGGAGUGCAUGGCCGCAAUGUUGACUUUUGAGACCAGGCCGGUCCUAUACCCUCACAGUCGGGGCAAAUGGCUCGGAGAGAGGCACGCUUACCAGUGUCGUUGAUGAUAGUGCCCUUGCGUAUUUGGGAUGGAAGUUGUGUUGUUGAGACUUGGAGCUUUGCUUCCUUUCGUACCUGGGAACAAGUUGCUUCUUUCCUCUGAAGCCCCGUCUUUGAGGCUGUGGUUGUUAGCAAGUGCUCAGCAGAUGUUAGGUGACAACAGCAUCUGAGGAAUAAAACACCAGAGAACCAGAGCUCAUGACUUCUGCAGCCAGCCCAGCCUAGGGGUCACCCCGGCACCUCCCUCAGUGACUGGUAUCACAAGGGAGACUUAGGAACUUGCAAACCUUUCUCUAAAACAUGAAACUUUGGGGGCGAAUACUUUGGACCCUCCUAUCUGGUUCCAGGGGAAGGAGGGGAGCCCCCCAAGGCUGGGCCCCCAACUCAUGGAAGCCUCGUUCAUCUCUGUCUGGGCAGUUGAAUGCCACAGAGGUGGUCAGCCACUGGACACAGGUCUUUGAGCAAAGAGGUAUCCCAGAGGCCCGGAAGUCCAGUGAGUACAUCGUGGCCCAUGUUCUUGGAGCCAAAACAUUUCAGAGCCUGAGACCAGUACUUUGGACCAAGCCACUGACCCCUAAACAACUGCAGUACAUCCAGGAACUGUGUAGUCAUCGAUUACAGAGGAUGCCGGUGCAGUAUAUCCUUGGGGAGUGGGACUUUCAGGGACUCAGUCUGAAAAUGGAACCCCCAGUGUUCAUUCCUCGGCCAGAGACGGAAGAACUGGUUGAAUGGGUUUUAGAGGAAGUGGCUCAGAGACCCCCUGCAGUGGGAGCCCAGAGUGGUCCCCUCAUUCUGGAGGUGGGCUGUGGAUCAGGAGCCAUUGCCCUCAGCCUGCUGAGUCAGCUCCCUGAGAGUCAAGUCAUUGCUGUGGAUAAGGGAGAAGCUGCUGUUCGUCUGACCCGUAAGAAUGCUCAGAGGGAGAGGUGCAAUGAGGGUUGCCUGGCGUUGGUCCCAUGGCUUUAUGGAUGGACGGACUGUGAGCAGUGGCUGUAUUGCUGGUCCAAGAAGGGCUCAUUUCCCUCCUGGUCCUUGAAGCCAAGGGUAAUGGCUUACAUCCUAUGCUCACCGCCACCUCCCCAUCUCUCCAGGCUUCAGUUGCAGGACAGGAUUCGGAUCGUUCCCCUUGAUAUAACUUCAGAAGGGUGUUGGACACACCUUUUGCCCUGGGGUCCCAUAGACUUGGUGGUCAGUAACCCUCCCUACGUCUUCCACAAGGACAUGGAACAGCUGGCACCAGAGAUCUGCAGCUAUGAAGACCUGGUAGCCCUGGAUGGUGGUGAGGAAGGCAUGGACAUCAUUACCCGCAUCUUGACCUUAGCUCCCCGGCUAUUGAAUGCCUCUGGAAGCAUCUUCUUAGAAGUGGACCCAAGACACCCAGAGCUUGUCAGCAGCUGGCUUCAGAGCCGGCCCGACCUGCGUCUUAGUCUUGUGGCUGUACGGAAAGACUUCUGUGGGAGGCCCCGGUUCCUGCAUGUCCGGAAGUCUGCAGCAUAGUGUGGCUACUCUGUGAACAGCUGGCCAGGAUUCCAGUCUGCUGGGGGCCUGACUGGCCCUGCAUGGAAUACUGCUCAGAGGGAGGCAGUAAUGCUGUCCAGAACCACAGGCAUGGCCCAUGGUUCUGCGAUUCCCCACGAUGGAUGUUGCUAGGAGACUUGGAAAUAAGGAUGGAGUGUUCUUCCUGGGGCAGCAAAGAACAGAGACUCAAGAGCUGGGUUUCAGGCCCAGCUCUUUCUCCUCAGUGUCACAGGCUACUUGUUGUUCCUGUGGUGAAACUGCUGAGAAGAUAUUGGGAAAUGUGGCCAGUUAAGUACCGAGAGAACAAUAAAUGGUAAACCAGCGUUUGUUAGCA